AUGUCCUCGUCAGCGCUCCCUCCCACCAUUGUCAUCAACACUCCCGGAGCAGCGACUUCCUCAGUGUCAGCGGCCCGCCAAACACCCUCCGCCUUUUCCUCGGUGUCAGCGGACCCCACGCCUCCCAAAGCGAGACCACAGAAACCCGUCCUCGUCCAGUCAUGUUAUCUUUGUGACGAACAGAACCCGGGCGACUUCUCGCCUACCACCAAGUACCUCGAGACGUGCCUUCUCUGCUCGCGGUAUUUCUGCCCCAUCCACAAGUCCGAGAGUUGGGACCAAGUCUGCAACAUCAACCACUCCAGCUAUUACCAUGAGUGCCUGGAAAGGGCGCGCGAAGAGCUGGCUGCCCAGGGCAAAGACACCGACACCAACAAGCGCGUGCUCGCCGAAACGCUGAUCAAUGAGGGCAUCUAUCCCAGCCUGGGCGAGCGCGAGAAGGCCAUUUUCACCACCAGCCCCGUUAGCGAUGCCAAGAUCCAGGAAAUUGAAAGUUUCCGCAGUCUCGAUGCCGCCUUGGCUGGCACCAGCACCGAACCGACGAGCCAGCUGAUUGAGGAGCGGGAUGUGGUUGGCGCCGACAUUGCCGUCUAA